CGGAGAUGUAACGGCGACAUUCAUCGGACCACUGCCAUAAAACUCACUGAUUGACGCUCGUUAAUAACGAUAAGGACGGAAAAACUCCGGAAAAACUGUUUUUUUCGCUCGAUGAUCAGAUUAUCCGCAGCUUAACUCAUGUGUUCCUGUUAACAAGUUCAAUAGCUUCGCACAUCUUUCAUUGUUUUAUCUGAUGUAAAUAAAUGUUCAGCUGUAAGCUCUCCAAAGACUCGAGCAGAAGUGUUUUUGAGGAUCUGAGAAUGUUCGAGACUAAAGGACUCUUGAGUAUUUGUGUGGACGUCAGCUGUCUGCUGCUCGCUGGACUUCCGUUUGCGGUAUUGAAUAUUCAGCACACGCCAUUCAAAAGAGGCUUCUUUUGCAGCGACGACACCAUCAAGUACCCUUUCAAACAAGACACCAUAUCUUACCAGUUACUGAUGGGAAUAAUGAUUCCAUUCGCUCUGCUGCUGAUCAUCUUCGGCGAGUGUUUUUCGAUAUAUCUGAGGUCCAGAGCUUCUUUCAGUUAUGAAUAUAUAGUGUGUGUGUACAAGGCCGUGGGAUCGUUUGUGUUCGGAGCGGCGCUGAGCCAGUCGCUGACCGACAUCGCCAAAUACACCAUCGGCCGGCUGCGGCCACACUUCCUGACCGUCUGCAAACCGCACUGGAGCCUCAUUGACUGUAAAUCAGGUUAUAUUGAGAACUUCACCUGCACUGGAGAUCCAACUCACACCAAUGAGGGCCGGCUUUCCUUUUAUUCUGGUCACUCUUCGUUCUCCAUGUACUGUAUGCUGUUCCUCGCUCUGUAUCUCCAGUCUAGAAUGAGGGCACGAUGGGCACGACUGGUGCGGCCGACUCUCCAGUUCUCGUUUAUCGCUGCUUCUCUGUAUGUGGGUCUGUCCCGCGUCUCUGAUUACAAACACCACUGGAGUGACGUUCUCACCGGACUCAUACAGGGAGCUAUCGUGGCACUGUUCACUGUGUUCUUUGUGUCGGAUCUCUUCAACGCGAAGUGCGCCUCAAAUAAAGAUGAGGAGAUCUCCCACACGAGCCUUCAGGACACGUCAGAUUCGCCAAAUAACUACGGCAGCACACAGUGAGACAAAACCUGCUGUACACGGACGGAGUCGCAGCAGGUUUUACAUUCUAACAUGCAAAUCUUUUCCACAACAUAUGCAAAAACAUUUCACAGAAACAGAUUCACAGGCAAAAAAGUUGAGUUUGAAUGCAGGAACCAACAGUGGAGACAUUAAGCACACUGUACAAUAAAUAGAAGUGGGGGGUUUCGAAUAGAAGAACCAUUUUUGGUUCCCCAAAGAACCUAUUCGGUGAACAGUUCUUCCAAGAACCACUUUUUCAUAAUGUGAAGAACAUUUUAAGAAUCUAAAGAUCUUUUUCACUGUAAAGAGCCUUUAGUGCAAUGGAAAGGUUCUGUGGAUGUUAAAGGUUCUUCAUGGAACCAUCAAUACCAAUAAAGAAGCUUUAUUUUUAAGUGUACGUACAACUACAGGUUCCUACGGUCAGUUUAUGCGGCGUCAGAAAGUGCUGCGAAUAUCAUUGGGAACGGUACGACAUAACAUGAACAAAUCACUCCUGUCAUGCCACUAAAAGUUAAGAAAAUGUCAAACUUUUGCUGCAACGCAAUGACACGCUCUUUCAACCUCCUUAAAACUGAGCCUUUGCAUCUCUAUCCAUAAAACGCUCCAAACAAUCCAACAUUUCAAUCUGAUAAUAGUAGCGAAGUAACCAACAUAUGCAACAGUGUUAUAUUUCCUCAGAUGUGAAAUGAAGACUGCUACGACAGUUUUACAUUAUACACUUGACUGUAGGACACUUGAUUUGUGUGCUUUAUUUAAAGGCCCGUUCACACCAAGAAUGAUAACUAUAACGAUAACUAUAUUAGCGUUCGCUGCAGUUUUGUCAUCAGUUGCUUUAAAGGUGCAAUGUGUAAAUUUUAGGAGGAUCUAUUGACAGAAAUGCAAUAUAAUAUCCAUAACUAUGUUUUCAGUGGUGUAUAAAGACCUUACAUAAUGAACUGUUAUGUUUUUAUUACCUUAGAAUGAGCCAUUUCUAUCUACAUACACUGCGGGUCCCCUAACAUCGAAAUCGCCAUUUUGCACCGCCAUGUUUCUACAGUAGCCCUAAACGGACAAACUGCUCUACAGAGUGUGUUUGCUUGACUGGCUACUUUUACACUGUUGCCGCGGGUUUUUUUUUUUGAAGCAACCUCAAAUAACAUGAUAUUUAACCCCGGGAAUGCAAAUUUUACCAGGGGAACCCCACCAAAAAUGCAGAUUUUAACCCCCGGAUUGCGAUUUUUACAGGGGACCCCCCCUGAAACGCGACUGGGCUAGUUUUGAGUAGCAAUUGACUACUCGAUAUUGUUCCUCUGCGUCAUUAUCGUUAUAGUUGUGGUGUGGGCUCACUAUUUAAUGAUUUUUAAAACUAUAUCUUUAUAGUUAACGUCCUUGGUGUGAACGAUUUUUUGUCAAAUUGUCAUAAGAAAAAGUAAAGCAUGCAUGGGCCAAAUAUGAAUAACCAAAGUGUCUAUUGCAUUGAAUUCAAUUAAUUGUGUGUGUAUAUAUUUUAUUCAUUUUUAUUGUUUUUAAUGCAAAUGGUAAGACCACAAGCUGUAAAUAUCGAAGCACUUGUAUAACAAUUUUUGCCUUUUUUGUUUAAUAGCGCUAUUUGUAACUUUUUGCUGUUCUAAUUCAUUGGCGACCAUGCUAUUGAGAACCAAUGAAACAUGCUACAGGAGUACUGUAAAAGAUUUUUUGCAAUUAAAGCUCAGUUAGACCAACUGUGGUGUAGUUAUUGACAACUAAUCAUCCUAAUCAUUUUGUCCUCACAUUUACAAGCAGCCAAAUAAGUUUUGUGUGAAAAUCAUGUAAUGCACAUGCGAACUGGAUUGCAAUGUUUAGGGUUUGUAUUUAACAGAACUAUGGAUUGGAUUCAUUCAUACUGGCGAACAUUAGUGCAUGUAAAUACACCUACUGUACUGAUGACAGUGGCGCCUCUAGUGGUCAGAUAAUGUCAUCGCUCCAACAGCAAUCUGCUGCUUUCAAGCUUUGAACAAUCCGAUUCAUUCCAAUCCAACGCGAUUCGCGGAUUCGUUUGAGAGAUACAAAUGCUUUGUGGAUCGGUUCGAUCGAAUCAUUCAGAAGAACCGAUUCAAUAGAACGACUUGUUGGCGAAUCGAACACCGCCGCCACUCUUCUUUGUCCUCGCGGUGACUGACUGUAUAUGAUCCCGCUGAAUGUACAUUAUUUAUUCAUCCGUUUACACUCUGUAUUCAUCAAACAGAAGAUCUGAAGGAUGGUGUUAGUUCAUGUCGGAUAUUUGGUUCUUCCUGUCUUUGGCUCAGUGAGAAAUAGAGGUCCAUACUGAGGGGAUAUUCAUUAAAAAACAGUCUAUGGAGGCUGAAUCUACAUUCUGCAUUAUCAGAUCAUUGUGUUUUAAUGAUCAUCUGUGUUCUGAUCCCUCCUCAUUUCCUAUUUCCAUCAGAAGACGACAAACAUCUCAGAUCUGCUCCCUUCCUGAGAACAAACACACUAAAACCAGAGCUAACACAUUUAGAGCGUAAACUACUGUCUGUAUGUCAAGUGCUGUAGUUUAACCCACAUCAGUAGCUCUAGAAGAGUGACUCAUGUAUGUCCCAUCCAGCUUUGAUAGUCAACAUGUAUGUAAAUUCCUGUAAAAUGGAUGCAUUUUGUGCUUGGAUGAUCACCAAACCCACACACCUAUAGCCGUCACCUAUGGAAGCUUGUUUCCGCCACGGAAGGAAAAAAUAAAAAGGGUAAUUGCGCUUUAUAUCUCGCAAUGCUGACUUUUUUUUAACCUCUUAAGUGUCACCGGUGCGAUGCUCGGCACUAUUUUUAUGUAUUGCCUUUUUUUUUUCUUCAUUUCACAUAUUUUAGUAAUCAUCACAAGUUAGGUAUUGUUUCAACUCGAGAUUCAGCUUGUGAAAACUGUUUUGAAAUCGGAUGUUGCGUUACCAUGGAAAUGGUACUUUAAUUUCUUUUAGCAAGCUCCUCCCCUAGUGGGUGGUGUCAGGUUUCAUAUUACAAUAUUUAUUUUCAAUGCAUAUAGUCAGAAAGGUCAAUUCGUAGCAGGAGAAUGCAUAAAAAAAAAAAUUCAAUAGAAUGUCGCUGACACCCGGUGGCUAUUUUUGGUACAGCGCAUAAAAAAUCUCACAGGAACUUCAAUUUUUGUGAUAUCAACUUCAAAUUCGGAACACAACUUGGUUAGACAUAUGGCUUUCAUUUGAUAGCAAUUUUAGAGUAAAAUAUAUUUAAUAACAUUUGUAUUUUAGAUAAAAUUUAUAUUUUAAGUAUCAUACAUUUGAUUUAACCCCUUUAGUGUCACCGGCCCACCGGUGCGACGCUCAACACUAUUUUUGUUUAUUGCCUUUUUUUUCAUAUCACAUAUUUUAGUAAUCAUCACAAAUUAGGUAUCAUUCGAAAGCUUGCGAACUCAAGAUUCAGCUUGUGUUUGUGAAAUCAGAAUUUGCGUUAUCAUGGAAACGGUACUUUAAUUUCUUUAAGCGAGCUCCUCCCCUAGUGGGUGGUGUCAGGUUUCAUAUUACAAUAUUUUCAGUUAAAAUUUUAACAAAACAUUGUCAGAAAGGUCGAUUUAUUAAAGGGAAAAUGUCGGUGACACCCGGUGGCUAUUUUUGGUACAGUGCGGAAUUGGGCUACAGAAACUUCAAUUUUUGUGAUAUCAACAUCAAAUUUGGAACACAGCUUGGUUAGGCAUAUGGCUAUUUUAGAGUAAAAUAUAUUUGAUUGAAUUGAAAUUUUAUAUAAAAUAAGUUUAGUUUCGUACAUUUGAUUUACAGUAAAUUUAAACUUCCAUAACUUUUUCAUACUUUAAUUUUUUUUACAUUUUUGCUUUUUUACAAGGUUUGUACUCCAAAUUAUAAUAAUUUAAGUUUGGAUGGUGCAUUUUCAUGUCUAUUGUCAAAAAUGGGGGUGACACUUAAUGGGUUAAAAAAAGUUAUGGCCGAAUUGCAAUAGCGAGAAAAAGUCAGAACUGUCCAAUAAAAAGUCGCAAUGACCUUUUGUGUUUUUUAUUCCGUGGCGGAAACAAGCUUCCAUAGUCACCUGCAUAACGUGUGCUUCAUUCAUCGCCUUCUGAUUUUACACAAUCAUUCACAAUCAUGUUUAGAGGAUAAGCAGAAAACAAUUGAAAUCGAUUGGCUCUCGUUGCAUCGAAAUUGUCCAAAUUGACAUUGUCCAAAAUGCCAUCCAUUUGGCAGGGAUGUUGAUUUCCUGCACUGCUACUGAGAUCCUCUAUUAGAGCAAUGCAAAUGUCUAUUGUUUGGUUGUGGUUUCUCUACCUUUUGUUCUGGUAAUAGACUUUUAAAUGCAUGAAUCACAUUAUUAUUAUUCAUUUUAUUUUGAUUCUACAUUGAAUAGACUCCAAUGUAAUCUUUCUGUAGUAAAGAUGUACCCUGCUGUACUGUAAUGUGCUGUAGCCGAUGCAUCUGCUCAUUGGAUGUUGCUUUUGUUCUGUUAACCCUGUACUGAGCAUGGUGGGCCUUGCUAUUGGUCAAUGUUGUUUUAUUUGUUGCAUGGACUUAUUAUUAUGACACAAAUCCACAUAUACUAAUAUUUUUCAAUAAAGAAUAUAGUAUUUUUCCUAA